AUGUCCUUAAAUCGUACCCCUCCCAAAGGGGGAGGGCAGGAAUCAUCUCAGCCACAACAACAACAGCAUAGACAACAAAGGUCACAACAGCAACAAGAAUCCCAACUUCCUCUGCAGCCCGAAACACCGCAGAAAUCACAGACACAACAGGAAAAGCAACAGCAACAACCGGAAAAGCAUGAACAGAAACAGCAACAACAACUGUCGAUCUCAAGACGGUCACCAAAUUCGUGGAGCUCACAAUGCCCCACCUCGGCCAAUAGUAAAAAUCCAAAUAUCCAGGAUCAAAUUGAGCUACUUCAAAAGCAAUUGCAAUUACUGUACCAACAGCAAGCCUCAAAUGAUGAACCUACCCCAGGACCCAUGGACCACAGUAGAACCCAAAAAACGGCCCCGAGAAAGCUCAGCAACACAACAGAAACUAAUAGCAGCUCUGUGGUAAUCAAAUCGAUUAUUACUAGUAUAUCGCACGAAAAGACUAAUGGAGAAACGGAAACAACAAAGACCACCAAACAUCAACACAACCCAACACCUUACUCAAAUGUCUUAAAACUCCAACGAAGCAACUUUAGCACCAGCCAAAACAAUUCCGCAAAUGAGGACAAUCCUUUGGUACCAAUAGCACCGAGAAGAAUCACCACCUACGACGACAUUACGCCUGGCGACAUAAUGCAUGAUGAAGAUACACAGGUCGGCACCGCUUGCGAGAGCGCUUCAGCCAUAGAACGCCCAGGCGAAAACCCCACGGGCAGCAAAACGCUUAUAUAUCCUAAAAACAUUUCAAACAGACAAAAAUCUCAACUAAAAUCCAUAACUAAAAACAGAACAAAAAAGACAGAACCACUCGAUAAUGCUCAUGCAUAA